UCCCCCUCCAGGCCAAACCGCCAAAAAAGCACAUUUCUGCGGAGAAAGAGAAGCUCACAUAGAAGAACAUAACACAUCUACGCACAGGCCAUGGACGGAAUUCUUGGGAUCAACGAUGAAGUGAUCAAGGCAGCGUUGUCUGCAUCCAUCGAAGCUCGUGACGAUCGACAGGAGCUGAACAUUUGCAACAGGUCUUCGGAGGUCAUCGUGGCCUUCCCCAGAUCAUGGUCUCCCGAGGACUGGUUCCCUAAGGACAGCAAAGCCAAGUCCUUCGGAGAUGACCGGAUCGACCGCAAGAAGUGCCCUUCUCUCAGGAGCAUCGGCUUGGAUGAGGACGCCAGGGUCAACAAGGCGUUCAUGGAGAGAUUCCUACGUAUUCUGGAUGAUGAAAGCGGAAGGCUCCGCUCCGAGGUGAAAAAGGCGUUGGACGAUAAUAAGCAGAUAAUAUUUACAGGCCAUUCAUCGGGCGGUCCAAUCGCAAUUUAUGCGACUGUUUGGUUCCUUGAGGAGCACAGAAAAUCAAAGAAAGAGGAGACUCCCCAUGCCUUCUGUUUAACAUUCGGAUCCCCACUUACCACUGACCGCACUUUUGGCCAUGCCAUCCGGCGUGAGCGUUGGUCUGAUCACUUUGUCCACUUCGUUACGAAACUUGACAUCGUUCCCAGGAUUCUACUCGCUCCUUCCUCCCCUACAAGGGAGCUGCUAAAAGAAAUCGCCUCUUUCUCUGACCCACAUCACAAACCCGCUUCAAUUGACAACUUGGCUUCCUUUUUUGUGAAUGUGGUGAAGAAUGCAUCAUGUGUUGCAAACUAUGCAGCUUGCCAACUGACGGGAAGCAAACAUACCCUAUUUGACACUAUGUCUAAUUUCAUCAAGCCAAGCCCUUACCGACCGUGUGGGAAUUACGUCUUUUGCACCGAGAUUGGUAGGUCGGUGGUCGUGAAGAACCCAGAUGCGGUCCUUCGACUGUUGUUUUGCGCUUUACAGAUUGAGUCCGAAAGAGAGCUUCUGAAUAUAGCACAAAAAAGCUUAAGGGCACAUUGGACAUAUGAAGAAGCAAUAAACCAAAGCUUGGCCUCGGCCAAUGUUGUUUAUUUGAAGAACCUCCGAGAAUUGCCUCUCAGCUCAAAUGAUGCCGCAUUAAAUGACCUUAACCUGAACCUUCGGGAAUUGCCUCUCAACUCAGAUGAUGCCGCAUUAAAUGACCUUAACCUGAACCUCCGAGAAUUGCCUCUCAGCUUAGAUGAUGCCGCAUUAAAUGACCUUAAUCUGGACGCAACGGCGAGGCUGUGCCUUCGUGCCGCUGGAGAGUUGGAGAAGAGGAAACAGGAUAACCAGAAAAAGAUCCAAGGGAAGAAGGUCGAAAUAGAGAGAUACCUCGACGCAUUAAAAAAGUACCGGACCACGAGCGAGGACGAAGGUGUGGGAUAUUACGAUGCUUUCAAAUUGCAAAAGAAGGAGGAAGACUUCAAGGCCAACGUAAAGAGACUUGAACUGGCAGCUAUUUGGGACGAGAUUGUUGAAAUGCUAAGACUCAGGCAGCUCCCCGAUGAAUUUGAGGUAGAUAAAGAAUGGGUGGAUCUCGGCACGCGGUUUCGCGGACUUGUGGAGCCACUAGACAUAGCCAACUUCUAUCGACACUCCAGGACGGACGAUGCAGGUCAUUACAUGAAGGAAGGAAACAGGCCAAGUCGGUACAAAUUUCCUCAAAGAUGGCGAGAACACAAGUACCAGUUGCCACCGAUGCAGCAGUCGCAGCAGUCGCUCAAACAUUUUUAUGGUGAAUCCAGCUUUUUGGCCAAGGUGGAGGAGCUCAGAACUAAACCAUGGGAAGCAAUAAAGGACGAGGUUCCGGUUCUGGGGAACCGCCUUACAGAAUGGUACAAAAACAAGGAGGUGGAGGGUGACUUGUUCUUACAAGAGAGCACGCUCGUUAAGUGGUGGCAAGACCUCUGUAAAGACCAUCCUGAUGCUGAGUUGCACAACGUUCUUCCGAUACCACCGGUCAAGUGAGACUUGUAUUGCUAUUUCUCAAAGUAGCAAAAUACCUUCACUAUUUAUAAACUAUACUUGUUUGAUAUGCCUAUUUAUAGGCUUUCUUCACGGACAUAGUCUUAUCAAGUGUUCUCCAUUUAA